CCGCAUCCUGCCCUUUCUUACGUCAUCUCGUCGGUAAAAACUAAAAACCAUACCUUUCUUUCCUUGCCCUGUUUCUGAUGAACCAAACCCACCCCACAAAGUCACUACGCACAACACCACACGAAGGCACAAUCUCUCUCUCCCGUUUUUUUAUUUUAUAUAUAUAUGUUUUCUUCACUUCUCUACCCAUAUCCUCCCAGAUCUUCUUGUUCUACCUUUUCGUACCUUUUCCUUUUUGUUUUAUCUCCAAUCUCAAAAGGGCUGUCUUCUUUCUUUUUUUCCUAUAAUAUAAUUCUGGGUUCCUAGUUUUUCUUGUAUUGUCAUAUUCUUACCAGAUCAAUUCUGUUUCUUGAAAAAAGUUGUUUUCGCCUCAAAUUUGAUUUUUUUUGUUUUUGUUUUUAUUAUUAUCAUGGAGCAAGAAUCCCAAAAGAGAAAGCUAGAAGACAGCAGCAGUUACGAGGCACAAAACACACCAAUUCUUUGUGUGAAUAACUGUUGUUUUUUUGGAAGCCCCAACACUAAUAAUCUCUGCUCUAAAUGUUACAAAGAAUUCCUUCUAACCCAACAAGACACAACUACAACAACAAUUGAUGUUCCAGUUCAUGUUGCCGAGAACAGUGCAGCAGCAGCAGCAGAAGUUGAAGGGCAACAAGGAGGAGGUGAAGAGGAGAAGCGGCCGGUGGUGGUGGCAAACAGGUGCAACUUCUGCAGGAAAAAAGUGGGCUUGACAGGGUUCAAGUGCCGUUGUGGACACACUUUCUGUUCGCAGCACAGAUAUUCGGACAAGCAUAACUGUGUGUUCGAUUACAGGAGUGCUGGACAGGAUGCUAUUGCUAAAGCCAAUCCUGUUGUCAAGGCAGAUAAGAUUGAUAAGAUAUGAUCCACAAUUAACUGUUAGUAUGUACUUUCUAUUUUCUUUCAAGAUGAUUUUAUGCGUCAUUCAAGGAGAAUAAUGUUCUCUCAUUGGAUAUUUAUUUGUUUGUUCGUGUCUAUAUGUACAGUUUGGUUGCUUUGCUUAUUCCGUGUUUAACAAUUUGGGGUUUAAUUAUUCUAUUGUGAAUUAGUGUAUUUCUAUAGCAGUUUGGUUGCCAUUAUUUUGUCAUGUUGCUUAAUCAUUUUUCUCUCUUGUAGUUUAGUCGCAUAAAUGACACAAUUUUAGAUUAAAUUUAGCCAGUAGUUAUCACUAAUCUGUUUUUGAGACUGGUGUCUCGAAGGAAUUUUUAUCUGGGCCAUUAGUAAUCUUUGCUGUAGUUAGAUAUCUAUCUCUAGUAUGGAGGGGAAGAAACCAUUGGAGUUUGCUUUGCUAUAAUGUGUAGACCUUCUGGUGGGAUGGAUUAAAAAUGCAGGUUCAUUGGAUGCAUGCAGUUGAAUACCAGAGUUUUUCUAUCAGUUCUAGGAAAGCAGCAGCACGAGGGUAUAGAAAUUAGGAAUUUAUAGCUGCAAGCCAUAAGUCGUUUGUUGGUCUUGGUUUUGGCCUUUGUUUCUAGUUGUUUCCUAAUAUAGUUGCUGUAAGAAUUGGUUCUCUACUUGUUUUCUGUACAUAUUAUCAUGACUUUGUACAGUUUUGCAGCAGGGAAGGUUCUGGUAAAGUAAGACUAGGAUGAACUUAGCCCAUACCUCCCAUAUGCUUACUGAAGCUUUAUGCUGUGUUCUGUAAUAGAGAAUAGAUUAUACAUUGCUA